AUGGCGUCCAGCUUAGCCAUUGGUAUCAGCUUCGUUGUGACGAAAAAGGGUCUCAUGCAAGCGGAAGAGCGUCAUGGCUUCGAAGGCGACGGAUACGUGUACCUCAAGAGCCCGGUGUGGUGGGCUGGAAUUUCGACCUUGGUCCUCGGGGAAAUCUGCAACUUUGCUGCGUAUGCCUUCGCGCCAGCCAUUCUCGUCACCCCUCUCGGAGCUUUAUCUGUCCUCAUCGGAGCCGUUCUGGGAUCAUAUUUCUUGAAGGAAGAGCUCGGUGUCCUGGGCCGCCUGGGAAGCGCAAUCUGUCUCAUUGGAGCCGUCAUCAUUGUUCUUCAUGCGCCCCCAGAUGAAGACAUCCAGACCAUUGACCAGAUCCUGCAUUACGCCAUCCAGCCUGGCUUCUUGCUGUAUGCAUUUGCCGUCACUUCCUUCGCCGUCUUCAUGAUUUACAAGGUCGCGCCGGUUCACGGACGGAAGAACCCCAUCAUCUACCUCUCCAUCUGCUCGACGGUCGGCUCAAUUUCGGUCAUGUCUGUCAAGGCUUUCGGAAUCGCACUAAAGCUCACGUUCGCCGGAAACAACCAGUUCAGCCACCCCUCGACCUACGUCUUCAUGAUCCUGACGACCGUUUGCAUCCUGACGCAAAUGAACUACUUUAACAAGGCACUUGCCCAGUUCCCCACAAACAUUGUCAAUCCCCUCUACUAUGUAACCUUCACGACGGCGACUCUUUGUGCGUCCUUCAUUUUGUUUGGCGGCUUCAAUACCACCGAUACGGUCAACACGAUAUCUCUUCUCUGCGGCUUCCUCGUUACCUUCACUGGCGUCUACUUGUUGAACCUCUCGAGAUCCGACCCGAACGGACACAAACUGGUUGCCGGCCGUGGUGGCGAUGAUGCUACCGGCACGGACAUGAUCUCCACCAUCCAAACCCGCCUGAGCAUGCAAGCCCGCAGGAGCCAAGAUCCCCACCGAAUGAGCAUUGGCAGUCGCCACGGUGACACGACUGGCUUGAUGAGGGCCUACGACGAGGAGGCUGGUGCCGAGUUCGGUCUCACUGAUCUAGCCGAGGAAAGCGACGACGACGAUGCUCAUCAUAGAGCGAACGGAUCUGCUAACGGUCACUCGAAGUCAUACAACGAGACAAUCGAGCUCCAGAACCAGAGGUCAAACAGAUGA